UUAGCCUUUGUGACUGAAGAUGACAGGCGCACAGUUGAAACGCCGGCUGAAGGAUGCUUUGAUCGUACUUGGUGGAGGUGGCUUGCUCUUCUCCUCAUUUCUGACCAUAAAGGGAGAUGAACAUUUCUAUGCACAAUGUUUAAUGCCAAUCAUGCAGCGCCUAGUAAACCCUGAAUUAGCACAUAUAUUGUCUGUAAAGUGUGUUUCUUUGGGUUUGGUGCCAUUUUGCAAACACCAUAAUUCAGAACGACUGGAGGUAAAAGUUUUAGGCCACACUUUCCGGAACCCAGUAGGUUUAGCUGCUGGCUUUGAUAAACAUGGAGAAGCUGUAGAUGGGCUCUUUAAAAUUGGGUUUGGAUUUGUUGAAGUUGGAAGUAUUACCCCAAAACCCCAGGAUGGAAACCCUAAACCAAGAGUAUUCCGCUUACCACAGGAUGGAGCAGUCAUCAACAGGUAUGGAUUUAACAGCCAUGGUGUGGAAGUGGUGCGGCAGAGACUGCUUGAGCGGAGAGAAAAACAGAAGAUGCUUACAGCAGCUGGCAUGCCACUUGGUAUUAACUUGGGAAAAAACAAGACUUCGGAGGAUGCAGCUGCUGAUUACACGCAAGGGUUGCAACAGUUGGGAUCUUUGGCUGACUAUUUGGUCAUUAAUGUGUCAAGCCCCAAUACUCCUGGUCUAAGGAAUCUACAAGGCAGGGACCAACUGCGCAAACUGCUGACUGAGGUUGUCAAAUCCAGAAAUGCUCUUCAGUGUGACCCCAAGCCAGCUUUGCUUGUGAAGAUUGCACCAGACCUGUCCAUGCAAGAUAAGGAGGAUAUUGCAAGUGUAGUGACAGAGGUUGGCAUUGAUGGCCUUAUUAUUUCUAAUACAACCAUCAGCCGCCCCAGUUCACUUCAGGACCCCCAGAAAAGUGAAGUAGGUGGACUAAGUGGAAUUCCCCUUCGUGACCUGGCCACUGAGACUGUGCGUGAGAUGUAUGCCUUAACUGCAGGAAAGAUACCCAUCAUUGGAGUUGGGGGUGUGUUUAGUGGCCUUGAUGCUCUGCAUAAGAUCCGUGCUGGAGCUUCUUUAGUUCAGCUGUACACCGCACUUACUUACCAGGGCCCCCCUGUUGUUGGUAAAGUCACAACGGAACUUGACCAGCUGCUUGUUGAACAGGGAUUUGCUUGUGUGUCUGAUGCAGUGGGAGCUGAUCACAGAACUAAUGCAUCACCAGUGAAAUAGGAAGUGUUCACUUGACACAGGGAUAUAACAAGGAAGUCGUCUUCUGUGGAGAACAGCACCCUUUAUAGCCCAUGAGAUUGCUUACCCCGCUAUAUUUUAAUUAUUGGUGGCUGCACAGACAAUACAAUAUUUCAGAUGGACGCCAAAUACUUUGUAUAUGAGCAUAUGGAACCCAUGGAGUAAUUCCUGUUAUAUUGGAUGAUUCUUGGGAAGGGGACCAUGCAGAUUGAAUAUUAAGAACCUAUAUUAUUAAAUUUGUAAUAAAACUAAAA